UCACAUUUGACCAAGUCUUCAUCCUUUUUUCCAAAUUCAAAGAGGCUAUUGAAGAAAAACAAAGAAGAAAACAAUAAAAAAAAAAUAAAACCAUGUUGAAAUGAUAAGAUUCUCCGAAUCUUGAAUAUCAACGUGGUUUUAAAUUUUAAUCAAGAACAUCUAAAACAGAUAUUUUGAUUUAUGAGGUUUGUUGAUUUUUUACAAGGUUGUUUGUUCUAGCAUUGGAUUAUAGAGCAAACAUUUGCAUGCUGCAUGCAUGCAGAUUAUGGAUUUGGAAAGGUUAAGGUUUUGUAAAUUUGAGGUUUCUUUGUAUUAAGGUUUGUUUAAGGUUGGUGGAAAAUGAGUUGUUUUCCAUGUUGUGCUUCACAAGAGAGAAUCAACAAGAGAUCAUUGAAGAAGAGUAUUAAGGAAUACCAUGAAGCAAAAACUUUAACCUCAUUUGCUAAUAUCUCUUUUAAAACUGAUAGUGGCAAGAGAAGGUUCAUUGCAGAUGAGAUAGCAAAGCUUGGAAAAGGGAAUGUUACCUCGAAGGUAUUUUCAUAUCGCGAUCUAUGCAACGCGACUCAGAAUUUUCAUCCUCCGAAUAUGAUUGGAGAAGGAGGUUUUGGAAGAGUAUACAAAGGAAAGAUUAAAAGCACGAAUCAAGUUGUUGCUGUGAAGCAGCUUGACAGAAAUGGAUUUCAAGGAAACAGAGAAUUUCUUGUUGAGGUUUUGAUUUUGAGUCUUUUGCAUCAUCAAAAUCUCGUGAAUUUAGUAGGUUAUUGCGCCGAAGGUGACCAGAGGGUUUUGGUGUACGAAUAUAUGGAAAAUGGUUCCUUAGAAGAUCACUUGCUUGAUAUAACUCCGGGCAGAAAGCCGUUGGACUGGAAAACUAGGAUGAAGAUUGCAGAAGGAGCAGCAAAAGGGCUUGAAUAUCUACACGAAGAAGCGAACCCUCCAGUGAUAUACCGUGAUUUCAAAGCGUCAAACAUUUUAUUAGAUGAAAGCUACAAUCCAAAGCUUUCAGACUUUGGACUUGCAAAACUCGGCCCGACCGGUGAUAAGUCACAUGUAUCCACCAGAGUGAUGGGAACUUAUGGCUAUUGUGCUCCUGAAUAUGCAUCAACGGGACAAUUAAGUACGAAAUCGGAUGUGUAUAGUUUUGGAGUUGUGUUCUUGGAGAUUAUCACGGGAAGAAGAGUCAUCGACAAUUUGAGACCGUCAGAAGAACAAAAUUUAGUCAUUUGGGCACAACCUCUCCUAAGAGAUAGAAAUAAGUUCACAAAAAUGGCAGAUCCAUUGCUAGGAGAUAACUACCCUACAAAGGGUCUAUAUCAAGCUCUAGCUGUUGCAGCAAUGUGUCUUCAAGAGGAAGCUGAUACGCGGCCGUUAAUCAGCGAUGUAGUUACCGCUCUUGAAUUUCUAGCAAACAAGAUAGAUGAGGAGGGAGAAAAAGUUACAAAAGAGACUUUUGCUUCUCAAGGUGGAAAUCAUGAAUCAAAAGUUGUAAAUAAUGAUGAUGAUAACGACGAUGAGGAUGGUGACGACGACAAUGAUGAUGAUGAUGAUGAAGACGAGGAUGAGUACGAGGAUGGUGAUGACGACGAUGAAGAGGAUGAGGAUGGAGAAAAUGGUAAUGAUAAUGAUAAUGAUAACGAUAACGAUGAUGACAAAGUUCAUAGAAGAUAUAGUGAAUGAAAUUUGUUUUGCAAAGUCAUAGCAGAUUGAAGUUUCAAUCCUAAUAACAUGCCAUUCAAUUUUAUGAAUAUGGCUUGUGUUAAGAUAUGAAACAUGUCAACAAUUAGCUUAAAUCUAAAAGCUUGAUCACUUUGUUAAGAUAAUUGUAUCCAUUCUUGCACCAAGUUCUGUAAUCAAGAGAUCAUACCAGAAUUCAAUAUUUUUUUCAAUAUCA